AUGCUCCUAAUAUCACCGGGAGUACUCUGCAUAGAUCAGGAUAAGAUGUGCACCUUACCGACAUUGGCUAAGUCUAAUGACAUGGUACAGUGUGCUGCCUCUUUCCAAACUUACACUAUGACUCAUUGUCCUGAAUUAUCGUGGCGUUGGAUUUUGGUCACUGCAUCUGGACAGGAUAAGAGCUAUAACGGUGCGAGCUCGGACCAUGUGAUUACCUUAAAAACUAGUGCAGAGAAUACACAAGACCCCUCUGCUAUAAACGUUUCUUCCCACGGAAGUAUCAUUUUAAACCAUCUUGAUAACUUGUUUGCGCAAGAUACUAUCCCAACACGGCCAUCCUUUAUCAUCCUGCUAGAGAGCAGUGGCCGUCCUAUCUCCUUAGCUUUUCUCUCCGAUUGCAGAGACUUUCUUGCUGAACGAGCUGUUCCAUACUGGCUUUCCUGUCCCCUGGAGAGCUUGUUUACAAAGUCUACUGAUGACUCUGAUGAGCUUGCCUACAGAUUGAAAGGGGAUGCCGCUCUCGUCUUACGGCAUAUGAAUAUAGUUUCUGUAACGGAAGAGUCGUUAGCUGUGGUUGCUGACUCAUGGGCAGAUGACACCGGAGAGAAUCGAGAAUCAAAGCUAAGGCUUUGUCUCAGUCUAAUUACUCCAGGUGAAAGGAGCGCUGUUCUGUAUGUUUCUAAGGAUAUGCUAGGAAUCUGUUUUGGAGAGCCAGACUCUGAAGAAGCAACUGUCAAAUUGGUUCCAUGCCUAUUUGAGGCUAGCGGAGGAUACUCCUCUAUCACUCCCGUUGAGAUGCUAAUCCGGUUCUGUGCCCUUCUAGAGCGCGGAAUGAAUUUCCAAACCGCCCUAGCAAGCAUAGUGGCACAGGUAUAA